UGUUGAGAAAAUGGGGGAGCGGAGACAGAGCAGGAGGUGGGAGGGGCUUGCUAUGUCUGACGUCAUUUGCUGCGUGGAGGAGUAUAGGCUGUGCUGUCAACCCUGUGUCAGUCUGAUGAAGAUUGGCAUGCAGGCUCUUGGUGAAGAGUUGGACCCUGGGCCACUGUGCAAACACGUGUGAAAACCGCCGUGCUGCUGUGGGCCAGCUAACUUCUCAAUGUGACGCUAUCCUAUGAUACAACAUGUGUCACCGGCACGGCCUGCACUGAUUAUGAUGGCCACCCAGCGCGUUCCUCCACCGUCGUAUCAGGAGAGCCAACAGAUGACGGGCACAACCCAGCAGAACAACAAGACCCCGCAGGUCCAUAUCCCAGCAGCCCCUGCAGGAGGAAAUAACUCUGUCAGUGUGACCCUUGACCCACAAACCCAACUUGAAUCUGACAAAAGGGCCGUUUACAGACAUCCGUUGUUCCCCCUGCUGGCAUUGUUGUUUGAGAAAUGUGAGCAGGCUACACAGGGAUCUGAGUGCAUCACGUCUGCCAGCUUUGAUGUCGACAUUGAAAACUUUGUUCACCAGCAGGAGCGGGAUCAUAAGCCUUUCUUCAGUGAAGAUUCAGAGCUGGACAACUUGAUGGUUAAAGCUAUUCAAGUGUUGCGGAUCCACUUAUUGGAGCUCGAGAAGGUCAAUGAACUCUGUAAGGAUUUCUGCAACCGAUACAUCACCUGCCUCAAAACCAAGAUGCACAGUGACAACCUCCUCCGUAACGACCUGGGGGGACCGUAUUCUCCUACGCACACCAAUCUCAGCAUGCAGCAGGAACUAAAUCAGACCUCCGCUCCGUCCAUGACCUCUAUGUCCAACCCUGUCAACCCUGCAGGGAUUGUGGCACCCAGUGGGGGUUUGCAGCAGGGCAGUGUUUCUAUGACGACCAUCAACUCUCAAGUGGUAUCGGGUGGGACGCUGUAUCAGCCGGUUGCUAUGGUGACAUCACAAGGACAAGUGUUAACGCAGGCACUGGCACCGGGAACUAUUCAGAUCCAGAACUCGCAGUUAAAUGUCGAUCUGUCAGCCCUAUUGGACAGCGAAGACAAAAAAUCAAGGAAUAAAAGGGGGGUCCUUCCCAAACAAGCCACUAACAUCAUGCGCUCAUGGCUCUUUCAGCAUCUUAUGCACCCGUAUCCCACAGAGGACGAGAAAAGGCAAAUUGCAGCACAAACAAGCUUGACACUUUUGCAAGUGAAUAACUGGUUCAUCAAUGCUCGCCGCCGUAUCCUCCAGCCUAUGCUGGAUGCCAGUAACCCUGACCCAGCUCCUAAAGCAAAGAAGAUGAAGUCCCAGCAUCGUCCCACCCAGCGUUUCUGGCCCGAUUCCAUUGUGGCUGGAGUUUUGCAAACGCACAGAUCUCAAACGGGAAAUAAUUCAGACGAUCCACUUAGCCUGGACAGUCUCCAGUCGCUAUCAUCGGACUCUGCCACUCUGGCUAUGCAGCAAGCCAUGCUUGGAGCUGAUGACUCCAUGGAUGGCACAGACGACGAGGAUGAAAAUGAUGAUGAAGAGGAGGAGGAAGAGGAAGGAAUGGAAGAUGAGGAGGAAGAAGAGGACGGAGAGAAUGAAAACAAUACGGGGAGGCCGAUGCCCAGUGCAGGAGCGGGAAGAAGAGAUGUGAGCAUAGAGCACAGAGAGGAACUGGAAUAUUGUCACAAAUUAAGUCUGGAGCCCAAAAACGUAGAUGUAAACAAGGUCUCCGUAUUCAAAAUGUCCAUUGCCAAGGAAGCGGCAAAGGCCAUGCUCUCUGAUGCCCUGUUGCCAGACAGUGCCACGCUAAACCGGAUCAGCCACCUGGAGCUGGAACUUCCCUUGGACAGGGUCAUCAAAUAUGUAUCUGUUGGCCUCCCUUUGUUGCUGGUCUGCAUGGCCUUUGCCCGUGAGGUGUCCCUCGGGCCGCAGAUCAGCUGUUUUCCUCCUAGCAAUUUCACAAUGAAGCAGGCCAGCUAUGUUGAUACAUAUUGCUGGGACUCCCUCAUGCAUCACGAGUUUGACAGCAAUGGCAACUUUGAGGAGCGCUCCCUUUGGGUACACAAAAUGUUCCCGUAUUCUCUCCUGGCUAUGGCGGUGUUAAUGUAUCUGCCGGCUCUUAUCUGGCGCCAGCUUGUUGUGCCUUCCCUGGGCUCAGACUUGCUCUUCGUCAUUGACGAACUGGAUAAAUCGUACAACCGCUCAGUCCGAUUGGCUCAGAGCAUCCUUGAUAUGCGUCAGAACACCAAGAACCCGUUAACGUUUCAGGCAGAGCUGCAGAGAGCGAAGAGGAAGCGGUACUUUGAGUAUCCCCUCCUGGAGAGAUACAUGCAAUGCAAGCAAAACUCCUACUUCCUCGUGAGCAUGCUUUUCCUGCGAGGCUUCCUCCUGCUGACCUUCAUGACAGCUGCCUGUCUUUACCUGGCCUACUUCCACCUGUCCGCUUUUCUGCAGGAUGAGUUCAGCUGUUUUGUGCGUAGCGGCAUGCUACGGGAUCAGAACUGGAUUCCUGAGCUGGUUCAAUGUAAAAUGAUCGGCCAGUUGGUCUUUCAGGUGAUCAGCGUGGCUAAUGGGGCCAUCUAUGUUCUGUUGGCACCAAUUGUCCUCUUCAGUGUUAUCCGGCUCUUCGUUUGGGACACCACCUUCAUCUCCGUAUAUGAGGUCCUUCCAGCCCUAGAUGUUCUCAACAAACGCAGGCUAGGAUGUCCCCUGAAUGAUCUCAAUGUGCUCCUGCUCUUCCUGCGGGCGAAUGUCGCACACCUCAAGUCAUAUGGGAAGGUUCGAGCUUUGUGCUCUCUGGCACCGCCCAUGGUUGGUAAGACGACAGCGGGACAAGGACUGAACGCACUGCUGAGCCAAGAGGAGUUGGAAGAACGGGAGGAGGCCGAAAUGGAGUUGGCCGAGGAGGUGCAGGAAGCCAAAGAGGAAGGGAAGUUUAACCUCGUGGAUAUCAUGACUAUUCUGGGAGCGGCGCAGGGAAGAAUUGUAAACUGCAAUGAACAGAGGCCAAUGGUGGAAGAGAAUAUGAGUUUUGGUACCGUAACACUGAUCUACACACUUAAACGUAUCCUACUAGUGGCUAUUUUCACCUACAUCAUUUGGGAUGUACAGAAAAUCAUUAAGUGAACUUGACAACUGUCAAGGUUCUAAAAAAAAAAAAGUUCACAUUACAUGCAAGUCUGUUAAUGGCGAUCAUUGUUCUGCACAAUUUUUAGUUUGUAUUUUGAUGCUUUAUGAGCUUUCCACAUUUCCAUACUGAAUCACCUCUAUUAGUCAGAGUGAAAACUAAUGGUGAAUGUGGGAGGGAUGGAUUUGUAGUCGUUCUAACAACCUCUCUGUCUCUUCACAGAGCCAAACCACCAGGGGUACCAUGAGUUGAAGGAGACUGCACCGUUUAGUAAAUACUAGGCCUCUUAUGGACUGAAUCAUUGUGAAAAGCUGGGGGAGAAAGGUUUUGGAUACUUGAAGGGGCAUAUUCUCCCAUGUGCUUGAGUCAGAAAAGGUGCGCAGCGGCACACUUUUUUUGGGGG